GUUGCCUGAUGCUAGAUGCCCUAUCAUGUGGGUUCGCUGGUCCAACCUUUUCCGAAUCUCGGUAUGGGAGUGGGUUUCAUGCCCCCAGUUACAAGAUCGGGCAGGGCCAGGGAGGGGGUUUCAGACCCCGAGCUAGAGUGUGAGGCAAGGGAGCGGGUUUCAGACCCCAAAUGACAGUGCGAGAUUUCAAAUGUCGGACCAGGAGCAACUCGAGUCCUCGUCAGCCAUGUGUGUCCGUCUGUGCUUUGCGUGCUCUUCAUUGCUGAGCGAUCGCGUGUCGUGACCCCCAGUCAAUCAGAAGUAUAUGUUCCUAAUCGACAGUUCCUGUCAUUGCGUCGUCGCGGAUAUUUCCUUUAGUUCCGACUCCAGAGGACCUCCUUGCAUCGCUCCCAACCCUACCAGUCAGCAUGCCUAUCGGAUCGCCGAUCCAACGGCUGUCAGACGAUCUGCUCACUAUCAUCUUGCAUCUCGUCGCUCAACCCGACGGCCAGCUCCAGCACGCGCUCGUCUGCAAAGAAUGGCAUGGCAUCGCUUGUCGCGUGCAGACCACUAUCCACAUUCGCGAGAAACGCCAAAUGACUCCUCACGACCUCCUCUCGCAUCUCUCGGCAUUCCUGAGGCUGCCACCUCCUCCUCGCCGUCAACAGCCUCACGUCCGUCCCUGACUUCUUCCUCUCCCAGCUUCCUGACACGUGUCCCUGUUGGAGAUGGUUCGCGCUUGCCCCUAGUCAACGCGUGGCAGCAUGGCGUAGGCUAGGUGGCAGUAUGACAGCGCUAACAGGUGGCGUAAGCUGAAAACUACGGGUGUGAUAGGUGGUGAGGGGCUGCAGGGCUACGUGUGUGAAGGAGGAGGUGGUUGGGACACGUGGAGGAGUUGUGAGCGACGAGCAGGAAUCGGUACAGUGACGCGCUGUUCGGAAAAGCAGAAAUGCGGUUUGGUUAUGAUGUGUGAAAUGCGGUUCGGAUGUGCGCUACGCAAUGUCAU